AGUUGUUACUGAUACACACAGAAAAACAAUAAAAGCAACUAUAUACACAAGCAUGGAUCGACUGAUCUAUUCAGAGAAUCCUGAACCGGUCACGGGAGAAGAGCACAUGAGAAGGAAGACUUGGAGGUCAAAGAUGCCCUUCAGGAGCUUUCCGCAAAAAGAAACGUCCAGGACCACAGUGCGGAAAAAUGCAUACAGGUUGUCUGCUGAAGAAGUUAGUCAAUGGGCACAGUCUCUGGACAAUUUACUGAACAGUAAAUAUGGAUUAACUGCAUUUCGACUUUUCAUGAAGUCUGAACACUGCGAGGAGAUUAUCGAGUUUUGGAUGGCCUGCGAAAAGUUUCAAAAGAUCAAAUCCAGAUCGAAACUCAGAUCCAAGGCAAAAAGAAUAUAUGAAAAAUUUAUCCGGGAAGGUUCUCCAAAGGAGGUCAACUUGGACUACCGCACAAAGGAAACAGUCGACCAGUGCCUUAUGCUCCCAACACAGACCAGCUUCAUAGCCGCUCAGAACAAAGCAUAUCACCUAAUGGAGCACAACUCAUACCCUCGCUUCCUGGAGUCUGAACUCUACUGUCGGCUUUGUGAAUUAGCAAAGAGAGAGUAACAUCAUCAUAAUG